ACAAUUUUAGAGUUACAAGCGAAGUCACAUAUGGGGCGAAGUAAAAAAAAGUUGAUUUGACGGUGCGCAGUUAAAAGAAAAAACCCUAAAAAAAGUUCGAUUUCUGCCUCUCCUGUGAAAACUCAAGCUAAACCUUCUCCUUCUUCCGUCAUCUGCUUAGGGCUUGGAAGUUGAAGAACGAAACGCUAGGGUUUUGCGCAGACUUAAGCAUUUGAUCCAUCAAGAUGUCGACCUUUGCGAAGCCAGAAAAUGCACUUAAGCGUGCGGAAGAGUUAAUCAAUGUUGGUCAGAAGCAAGAUGCCCUACAGGCACUUCAUGACGUUAUUACAUCAAAAAGGUAUAGAGCCUGGCAGAAGCCGUUGGAAAAAAUUAUGUUCAAAUACAUAGACCUUUGUGUCGACAUGAGGAAGGGCAGGUAUGCCAAAGACGGUUUAAUACAAUAUCGAAUUGUGUGCCAACAAGUGAAUGUGAGCUCUUUGGAGGAUGUUAUCAAACAUUUUAUGCACCUUUCAACUGAGAGGGCCGAAGUUGCUCGUAGUCAAGCUCAAGCUCUUGAAGAAGCGCUUGAUGUUGAAGAUUUGGAGGCAGAUAAGCGGCCAGAAGAUCUCAUGCUAAGCUAUGUUAGUGGGGAGAAGGGGAAAGAUAGGUCUGACCGUGAACUUGUAACACCAUGGUUCAAAUUCUUAUGGGAGACAUACAGAACCGUUCUGGAAAUUUUACGUAAUAAUUCAAAACUGGAGAGUCUCUAUGCGAUGACGGCUCAUCGUGCUUUCCAAUUUUGCAAGCAGUUCAAACGAACCACAGAGUUCCGUAGACUCUGUGAAAUAAUCAGGAACCAUCUGUCAAAUUUGAACAAAUACAAAGACCAACGAGACCGACCUGAUUUAACAGCUCCUGAAAGCCUACAAUUGUAUCUCGACACAAGAUUUGAGCAACUAAAGAUUGCCACUGAACUGGAACUUUGGCAGGAAGCAUUUCGCUCUGUUGAAGAUAUUCAUGGCUUGAUGUGUAUGGUUAAGAAGACCCCCAAGCCUUCGUUGUUAGUCGUUUACUAUGCUAAACUCACUGAAAUAUUUUGGGUUUCGGGAAGCCAUUUGUAUCAUGCUUAUGCUUGGCUCAAGCUUUUCUUGCUUCAAAAGAACUUUAACAAGAAUUUGAUCCAAAAAGAUUUGCAGACGAUAGCAUCAUCUGUGGUUUUAGCUGCACUUUCUGUUCCUCCUUAUGAUCAUGCACGUGGUGCAUCCCAUUUGGAACUUGAAAAUGAGAAACAGCGUAACCUCCAGAUGACCAACAUUAUUAAUUUUCAUCUUGAUCCGAAAACUGAAAGCAGAGAAGUGCUCUCGCGUUCAGCUCUGCUGUUGGAGCUGGUUACUAAAGGUGUAAUGUCCUGUGUACUUCCAGAAGUAAAGGAACUUUAUCAUCUUUUAGAGCAUGAGUUUCUCCCCUUAGAUUUGUCUUUGAAGGUCCAGCCGUUACUGAACAAAAUCUCUAAGCUGGGAGGCAAACUUACUUCAGCAUCUUCUGUACCUGUAGUGCAAUUAUCGAAGUAUGUUCUAGCAUUAGAAAAGUUAGCAACCCUGAGAUUGCUACAGCAGGCUUCCCAAGUUUACCAGACAAUGACCAUUGAAAGUUUGUCCAAGAUGAUUCCAUUCUUUGAUUUUUCUGUUGUGGAAAAAAUUUCAGUUGAUGCUCUCAAGCACAAGUUCUUAACAAUGAAGAUUGACCACAUGAAUGGUGCUGUUUCGUUUAGUAAUUUGGAUCUUGAGUCUGAUGAUUUCAGGAAUCACCUCACAGUGUUUGCCGAAUCUUUGAACAAAGCAAGGUCCAUGAUAUAUCCUCCUUUAAGCAAGGCUUCAAAGAUUGGGGAUGUUUUGCCUGGCUUAGCUGAGAUUGUGGAGAAGGAACACAAGAAGCUUCUUGCUCGUAAAAUUAUAAUUGAACAGCGGAAAGAGGAACAAGAACGCCAACUCUUGGAGAAGGAACGUGAGGAAGAGUUGAAGAGGUUGCAGCAGCAGAAGAGUAGUGAGGAAGCUGAGCAGAAAAGACUUGCUAUAGAAUAUGAGAAUAGGAAACGUCAGCGUAUCCAAAAGGAGAUCGAGGAGCGUGAGAUUGAAGAAGCUAAAGCAUUACUUCAGGAGAAGUUUGACAAGUUUGGCAAAAAAGUGAAGAAAACAGUUAUAGAUGGGGAUAAGCUGACCAAGCAAGAAUUAAUGGCGCUUGCCCUCAAUGAGGGAGUGAAGCAGAAACAAGAAAUGGAGAAAAAAUUACUGAAGUUAGGCAAGCAGAUGGACUACUUGGAGAGAGCUAAGCGAGAGGAGGAAGCUCCUCUUAUUGAAGAUGCAUACCAAAAGCACCUAGUAGAGGAACAACUUCUGCAUGAGCGUGAACAACAGCUUGAGGUUGAGCUCAGUAGACAACGUCAUGAUGGUGACCUUCAGGAAAAGAACAGAUUAGCUCGUGUAAUGGAAAACAAGGGGAUUUUCCAAGAAAAGGUAACGAGCCGCCGUCAAGCUGAACUUGAAAGAUCGAGACGGGAGAGGGAGGAGCAUAUUCAUGUGAUUCUCCAGCAACGUAGAGAAGAAAGGGAAGCUAAACGGAAAAUGCUUUUCUUUUUGAAGUCUGAAGAGGAAAGAUUGAACAAGCUGCGUGAAGAGGAGGAAUCACGGAAGCGUGAAGAGGCUGAGAGAAAAAGAAAAGAAGAAGCUGAGCGUAAAGCCAAGUUGGACGAAAUUGCAGAGAAGCAACGUCAAAGAGAGCGGGAACUUGAAGAGAAGGAGAGGCUGCGAAAGCAGCAGAUCCUUGCUGGUGACGCUGCUCGUCCUUCCGAGACGCCUGAUAGGCCUCAGCCAGAGGCUGUACAAGUUGUUGCUCCCGCUGCUGCUGCUGCUCCUGCACCUGGGAAAUAUGUUCCUCGACAUUUACGGGAGAAAACCGCUGAAGUUCCUAGGUCCACGCAGGCUCCACCUGCUGAGUCUGAUCGUUGGGGAAGAAGAGAUGAUCAACGCCCUUCUACUGAUAAGUGGCGAAGUGAUGAUCGUCGAGCCUUUGGCUCUGGUGCUGAUGAUCGCCGUGGUAGUAGUUUUAGUAGCAUUAGUUCAAGGCCUCGGUAUACUCCCGCGCGUGGGGGUUCUUAAGUUGGCUGUUUUCCACCCUCAAUUUAUGGUUUUCGUGAGUUUCUUCUUUCAAUUUUGGUUCCAGUGUGGAUUUUGUGUUCUACUAUGCAGCCGUGAAUUGUACUAAUAGGAGUGAUGUUGCAACUCCAUAAUAUAUUUUCAUUGAGAUUUCUGUUUAGACGUCUUUAACUGUUAAUUAUCUUCUUUUGUGGAGGUACUUCCCAGCGACUUCUACUGUCCUGAAAUUAUUAAUAACAAUAAUUGUUUCUCUUA